AUGCACUCCAUUUCUAAAAUGACAGAGGAAAAACCGCCUUGGAUUUCUAAAAUUCAGCAUUUAAUAGAGAUGAAUACUCCACUGUUUAAACAAAGACCACUCAAGGAGAGAAAAUUUUAUUCAUUUGGCAACAAUGAGCGAUUAAACUCCCAACAUUUAAAGAAGAUGUUAAAGGCUAGUGUACCACUGGAAAUGCUUGCAGCCUUUGAAAAUGCUUAUUUUAAACAAACUAGUAACUUGAAUUCACUUAAUACCUCACAGUUACGUCAAACGGCCACUGAUCAAUUGCAGGGAGGGGAAACUGUCACUUUCUACAGGAAACUUGGCUGCCUUGAUAAAAUGCCAAAUACACACGACACAAAUUAUGCCAACAAUUUACAUAAACUUCUUUUAUUUACAGAGUGGAAUCGAGUGAGAGGUCAAAAGGAAAAAACCAAUCAUCUUUUCAAAUUUUGUGCAAUUGAAGUAAAAUGGAAACUGGAAGACUACAUGUCUCAUUUAAAAAGUACUCACUGUAGAAACAUUUUGACGAUUCUAGAUAUUUUAUUGAAGGAAAAAUGCAUGAAUAUUAGAACUGGGUUAUGUCAAAACGAAUGUAUUUCAAUUCCAUGCAAUUAUUUUUUAAUUUGGUUUAAUUUUCAAACCGAGGAACUUCUUAAAAUUUAA